UUCUUUGCUUUGAUAUAACAGGUACAGCGCUACCGAAUAACGUCUCUGUUGUGUCGUGAUUGAUCCGAGUUCAGAAAUUCAGUAUGUUUGAGAAAAAAUAUUGUGUGUUCAUGGAUGUGGCUUUAAUCUGCAUUUUACUGACUCCAGCAGGGGCAGCUGGGUUCACAGGUAUAGCUGCCGGAUCAGUGAAAGACAAGGUGAUGGUGGCAGCAGCUGUAGGCGGUGGAGGAGGCGUAGCAGCUGGGGGAGCGGUGGCCGCUCUGCAGUCCCUGGGGGCAGGUGUAGCUGCCGGAUCAGUGAAAGACAAGGUGAUGGUGGAAGCAGCUGUAGACGGUGGAGGAGGCGUAGCAGCUGGGGGAGCGGUGGCCGCUCUGCAGUUUCUGGGGGCAGGUGUAGCUGCCGGAUCAGUGAAAGACAAGGUGAUGGUGGAAGCAGCUGUAGACGGUGGAGGAGGCGUAGCAGCUGGGGGAGCGGUGGCCGCUCUGCAGUCCCUGGGGGCAGGUGUAGCUGCCGGAUCAGUGAAAGACAAGGUGAUGGUGGAAGCAGCUGUAGACGGUGGAGGAGGCGUAGCAGCUGGGGGAGCGGUGGCCGCUCUGCAGUCCCUGGGGGCAGGUGUAGCUGCCGGAUCAGUGAAAGACAAGGUGAUGGUGGCAGCAGCUGUAGGCGGUGGAGGAGGCGUAGCAGCUGGGGGAGCGGUGGCCGCUCUGCAGUUUCUGGGUGAAUUAAAAAAAGGAACAGAAAUAAGAGAAGAAGGAAAAUCCAUGUGUUCUUGGAAAUGUAUUGCAAUAGCUGGUGGAGGUGCAGUUAUAGCUGUGGCUGCUGCCCCGGUGGUUCUAGGGGCAGCUGGGUUCACAAGUGCAGGUAUAGCUGCAGGAUCAGUGGGAGCCAAGUUGAUGUCAAUAGCAGCUGUAGCCAAUGGAGGAGGCGUAGCGGCUGGGGGAACAGUGGCCAUUCUGCAGUCCCUGGGUACUGGGCUGGGCCUUUCAGGAAACCUAGUCGUUUCUGCUUCCGGAGCUGUUAUUGCCUAUGUGACUGGGGGCGAUUGCCAAUGUGACUGAGGGCGAUUGUCAAUGUGACUGGGAGCGAUUGCCAAUGUGACUGGGAGCGAUUGACAGAGUGCCUAACACAAACAGUUCUGACUAGGUGAUAGAUAUUAAAAUACUCAGACCACCCAAUUGACCUGCACAUUUACAUUCAAACCGCAGACCCGCGACAGUCAUUGUACAACUUGCAAAAUAAACCUCAGCUGUAAGAUCAUUGUUUGGGUGAUGUAAAAAAAUGAAGUUUGUCAUUAUCAGCAUAUGAGUGUCUGUACACUUCAUUCACUGAUGGGUUCUCAAUACAAGUUGCAAAUGAUGCAAUAUACAUUUCAAUUCACUUAUUGAUUCGAAAUGUAAUUUCAAUAAUUUAGGUCAGAUGCAUCAUUGUCCAAAAUGAUCUCAAGGUAGAUAAUUAUAGUUAUAUCCAAUAUCACAAGCCUUGUAUUAAUUAUAAUUAUGUUAAUUAUCAAAUUACACUGUAUUAAAUGUUAACAUCCAUCGGUUAUUCAUAGUACAAAAACAACAUACUGUUCUGCAGAAUAGACUAGUCAGAUAGUUUAACACAAACAGUAUAGUGCUGGUGGUGGGAUGGGGGGCGCCUAGUUUAACAGUUACAGUAUAGUGCUGGUGGUGGCAGGGGGGUGUCUAGUUUAACAGUUACAGUAUAGUGCUGGUGGUGGGAUGAGGGGGUGUCUAGUUUAGCAGUUACAGUAUAGUGCUGGUGGUGGCAGGGGGGUGUCUAGUUUAACAGUUACAGUAUAGUGCUGGUGGUGGGAUGAGGGGGUGUCUAGUUUAGCAGUUACAGUAUAGUGCUGGUGGUGGGAGGGGGCGUCUAGUUUAACAGUUACAGUAUAGUGCUGGUGGUGGGAUGGGGGGGCGUCUAGUUUAAUAGUUACAGUAUAGUGCUGGUGGUGGGAGGGGGCAUCUAGUUUAACAGUUACAGUAUAGUGCUGGUGGUGGGAGGGGGGGUCUAGUUUAACAGUUACAGUAUAGUGCUGGUGGUGGGAUGGGGGUUAGUAUUAGAAUACUCUGUAUUUGUUUAUUUGUUUAUUUGUAUAUCAUUGUAUCAACAUUAUAAACAAUAAAAACAAGAAAACUACUAUCCUGUUUGUAGCUAAAUUCUGGGAUGAAAGUACAAACAUAUAUCAUGACAUAUCUAAUACUUAAUACUUAUCACAAGACUUAUAUAAUAUCGCACAAAGACAUCCAUAAGAAUGAAUAAAAGUUUAUAUUAUAAGUUCCAUACUAUCUAAAGGAUGCAUAAAUAUAGGAGGUGUGUAAAGCCAUUUGCCUUAAUAAUGAAACAAGACAUUAUUGAGGUGUCUACAGUAGCAGCAGAAUUAUAAUAACUUGUGUUUGUGGGAGAGACAAAGAGAGAGAGAGAGAGAGAGAGAGAGAGAGAGAGAGAGAGAGAGAGAGAAGACUGCAAAAUGUUAUUUAUUAGUUGUACUAGGAGCUCUUCGUUAUUUUUUCAAAUUCCAAUGUAAAACGUACAGGUGUGUUUGCCUGCUAUACCCUGGGUUUGGCAUCACCCUGGCGAGGGGCGUGUUUGUCUGCUGAUAAUAAACUGACAAUAACUGA